CCACCAACACUCUUAUAGGAACAACCUCACCUCCCAUCACCAUCGGAAACACAGCCAUGAGACCGCAUCUAAUCCUCGUGACAGCCGUGAUGUGUCUCCUGCAGGAAACGGGAGCACUGAGGAAUGAAAAUUACUUUUCCUACAACACGAACGCUGGUUUAGGGUGGCUGCAGGAGCUCUCCUCCUCCAGCUCCUCGCAGCCGGCCUCACGCAAGCGACGCCAAAUCAGGAUCCUCUCACCCGGGUCUAACCUUGAGCUAAGAUGGUCGAUAAACUUCCCCUUCAACACCUACACCCUCUACAGAGCCAGAAUACAGUUUGUCAUACCAAUCAAGUUUCCGCUUCUGGAAGUAAGUGACUGGGAAGGUUAUUUCAAACGAUCUAUUGACGUCGGAUACGAGGACCUUGACUUUGUCGAUAGCCCAAACAGCAUUACUAGGCCCUAUGGUCACUGGAAAGAACCCGAACACAGCAGCCGGAUAGAGCAAAGCGCCCAGCCAGAGCACAGCGCCCAGCCAGAGCACAGCACCCAGCCAGAGCACAGCACCCAGCCAGAGCACAACACCCAGCCAGAGCAUGUUACAUCGAGACGGGCCGCCCGCCGUGAGCGGUUAUAUUUCUACAAUAGUCUGGUGUCAACCUUCAACAGGACUGGGUUGGAUGGUCUCAGCUGCUUGCUGAGGACUAUAUGCGAGGUGGCCGAGGCGCCCUUCGACCAGGGUCUGCUGGGAGAGCUGAUCAACACCCUCCUAACAGCUUCGCUAGCGGGUCGAGGAGACACCGAGGAAGAAAGGAAGGAGUUCGACCAUUUUAUCGAAGCGGAACUGCACGGCAAACUGAACGGCGAUUGUGACGAACGCUACUACCAGUGUAAGGCGUCGCUUUUCGACCUCCUUCCCUAUACUGUCCAUAACGUCGUCUAGCUAAUCUUCUACAGUUGGCGGUGUUUGGUGGAACAUCGUCUCGUAACGGCGUCGUCUGUCGGUGAUAUCACCCCGGCAAAUGCGUCGUCUCUUGAUGACAUCGUAUGGAAAUUGUAUCGUCUGCUGGAGAUAUCGUCUCAUGGAUGUUAUCUGCCAGGGACAUCUUUAGUGGCAUUAUUUGGUAUCGUAUGACAGGAUCGUCGCUUGUCAGCGUCAUUGUCUGUCAUCAAGUACCGUUAUUCAGUUACCUCACUUGUGGCAUUAAGUAAUCUUAAUAUUGAUUAUUUAUAUAUUUCUUAGGAGUAUUAGAAAUGCAUAAAUCCAUUGAACACAAAUCUAAAUGUGUAUUUAUCAGCAUAUUUGUUUGAGUUUCUUCUCCAAAAAUUGCAGAGCCUCGUUACUGAGUUAAGUAGUAAUUGCACUGAGCACACGUGUGACCCAGAUGUUUUAUUCCUUACUAAUUGGCUUUCUUGAGGAGGAAUUUAAAUUAUCUAGCGUGCGCCAGCUAAUGACUGAUAACCUAUAUUUGAGAAGCAUGGCGUGAAUUUAAUGUAAAUGUUAAAACAAGCAUUAGUGUAUGUCUAUUCUUUUGCUCACAUUGAAGUCAUUAAAUAAAAAUAAUAAUAAUACAAUUAGAGUUAAGAGGGGAAAAAAUAAUUAUGGAUGAGUUAGUCAUCCUAAUACUUGAUUCCAGAGGGUUAGCUCAGAUUAGAUUAGGUUAGUUUAGUAAUGUUAUGUAGGUUAUAAAAUCCGUUACCGAACCGUGAUAUGUAAGAUGAGACUUGAAGCCAUGGCUAACAACCGUACAAUCUAAAUCAUAUGCGCUGUGAAAUAAGGAAUUGCUGAAGACACGCGAUAUCAUUCCUCGUACAUAUUGAUUUUUUAUUGUUGUCGCCGGAGGCGGCUAGUUUAUUGUGCACCCAAUACCCAUCCUGUGAGCGGUAGCGCAAAAAGCAUUACAGAAGGCACAAAAUAUAAUGGCAUUAUUCCUGGUAUAAUGACUACUCGCUCCUUGGUAACAACAAUUCUCAGCGGAAUGUUUUCUUAGUUUGCAGCAGAAGAAGGAAUUACUCAGCCAGGGAUGUCCUAACUUUUCAGUUCCCAUUUGUUGGUUCCGAGGAUCAAACUCCCCGCGGCCCGGUCUCUGACCAGACCUCCUAUUUGUUUGUUGGUGUGGUCAACCGGGCUGUUAGACACAGCUGCUCGCAGCCUGAUGCAUGAAUCACAGCGCGGUUGAUCAGGUAUCCAUUGAAGAUGUUUAUUAGGGAUGCACAUAUAUUUUCUCUCUUGUCAUUUAUAGGAUGAAGAAUGUACCAUUUGCACACACAAAUUGUUAAAGAACCAUUUUUACUUUCUUAUAAUAUGUAUGUAAAUAAAUAGAGCAAGCAUUU